AUGGCGUUUGUCCUUUUUUCCAAAUACGAGGGAUUUCUGUGUUCUCUCUCUUCCUUCACUGGUGACCCGGACGUAGAACACAGCUACCAUGACCCCUCCGGCGCCGACGAUGCCGGACCCCGCACCGCUGGCGUCGCAACUCCCACUCUUCAUGCUGUAGCCGUGAAGAUUCCGCCUUUCUGGCCAGCCGACCCGGCUCUGUGGUUCGCCAACAUCGAAGCGCAGUUUGCCCUCCGAGGCUUAUCUGCACAGCAAACAAAAUUCUUUCACGUCGUUGGAGCGCUUGGCCCUAACGAAGCGUCAGAGGUCAGGGACCUCAUCACCGACCCCCCAGCAGCCAACCCUUUCCCCGCGUUAAAAGACGCGCUCACGAAGAGAACGACAGCCUCUGAACAGGAAUGUCUGCGACAAUUGCUCACAGCUGAGGUCCUCGGCGACAGUAAGCCUUCACAGCUGCUGCGUCGGAUGCAGCAGUUGUUGGGCGAUAGGGCCUCAUCCUUGGACGAAUCCAUCCUGCGCGAAUUAUUUCUGCAGCGUCUUCCGAACACGGUUCGCAUGAUACUAACAACGUCGAGCAGCGUUUCGCUCGAGGCUUUAGCGGAGAUGGCGGAUAAGAUGAUGGACAUUGCGCCGCCAACUGUUUGUGCCAUAUCUCCACAACCCUCUGCACCAUCACCGUCGGACUUCCAGGAGCUGCGUGACGAAGUCAGCCGCCUUUCCGGCUUAGUUGCAUCAAGCCUACGCUUCGGCCGAUCGCGAAGCCCAAGACACCGCAGCCCUCGUCGCGGCAACUUCCGUCGUCGCACACCAUCGCCUCUCCAACAGUCUGCAAAUCCUGAUGAGUGCUGGUACCACCAAAUUUUCGGAGACCGUGGCCGCCGCUGCCAGCCUCCCUGCGCCAGACAGGGAAACGGGAGCGUCAACAACUGA